AUGAAGCAGGAGGUCAAAGCCUUGGAAGAUAAUAAAAUAUGGAGCAUAGUUGACUUACCAAAUGGGAAGAAUACAGUGGGCUCAAAAUGGGUGUAUAAGAUCAAGUACAAGUCGAAUGGUGAAGCUGAGAGAUUCAAGGCCAGGAAGCAGGAUAAUCUUGUGAUUGUAUUAGUAUAUGUAGAUGAUCUUCUAAUCACAGGAAAUAGUGCAGAGUUAAUUGAACAUGCCAAAGCUAUUCUACAUCAACAAUUCAGAGUCAAGGAUUUAGGAGAACUCAAAUACUUCUUAGGCAUUGAAGUGUUGAGAUCCAAGACUGGAAUUCUACUAAAACAAAGAAAGUACAUACUGGAGUUAAUCUCAGAGUUGGGGCUGAGUGGAGCUAAGCCAGCCUCUACACCUCGAGAGGCAAAUGUCAGAUUAACAACUGCUGAAUAUGACCAAGCAAAUGGUAUUAGAGGUGAUGAGUUACUACAAGACAUCAAUUCCUACCAGAGAUUAGAGGGUAAGCUCUUAUAUGUUACUAUCACUAGACCUGAUAUCAACAAUGCAGUGAACAUUAAGACAAUUUAUGCAAAGGCCUAA